AUGGAUGUACAUCGUUGUCGUUUCGUGCCGUUCCAGCCUUCGGCGAUCAACGCCAUUGCCUUCUCCCACCCCAAAACGAGAAGCUCCAAGCAUACCGCCCUCGCGCGACUCGCCAUUGGGCGCGCAAACGGAGACAUUGAGAUCUGGAACCCUUCAAACGGAGCCUGGCACCAAGAGCAAGUCAUUCGAGGCGGCAAAGAUCGAAGCAUUGACGGUUUGGUCUGGGUCAAUGAGUCCGACCAGGAUCUUGGCGACGGAAGAGUCGUAGUAGGCAAAUCGCGCCUCUUCAGCAUCGGCUACACAUCGACAGUCACAGAAUGGGACCUCGAGAAGGGAAAGCCGAAGCGACAUGCCAGCGGUCAGCACGGCGACAUCUGGUGCAUAGCGGCCCAGCCAUCGGGUCCCUCCGGCGACAAGGCAGCCCCGAACUGGGCCGUGCAAGAACCCCAGACCUCGAACAAGCUCAUCGCCGGCACAAUUGAUGGAGAACUUGUCAUGUAUUCGAUCGAGGAUGACGAUCUCCGCUUCCAGCGAGUGGUGGUUCGGUCUCCCACUAAGAAAGCCCAGAUGGUGAGCAUUGCUUUCCAGUCACGCAAGGUGGUCAUUGUGGGAUGUUCAGAUAGCACGAUUCGCGCCUACGAUAUUACAAAGGGCCACCUGCUGCGACGGAUGACUCUUGGUUCGGAUCUUAUUGGUGGUUCCAAGGAAAUCAUUGUCUGGUCCGUCCAGUGUCUCCCGGGGGGGAACAUUGUGUCUGGAGACUCGACCGGCCAGCUGUGCAUUUGGGAUGGCAAGACGUACACACAGACGCAACGUAUCCAGAGCCAUAAGCAAGACAUUUUGAGCUUGGCGACAUCAGCCGAUGGGACAGCCAUCAUGAGUGGCGGCAUGGAUAGAAGAACAGUGCUCUACAAGCCCAACGGGCAACGUUGGAGCAAGGUUUGGGGGAGAAGAUAUCAUAACCAUGAUGUCAAGUGCAUGGCUACCUUCGAGAGUGGACGCCUUAGUGUGGUCGUUUCAGGAGGUCCCGACGCCAACCCCGUUGUGAUGCCCUUGAAGGAGAUGGGACGUGAAAACCACCGAGUCAUCUCAAACCUACCGCAACAACCCCCGAUCGCAAGUGCCCGCAAAGCUCGGUUUAUUAUCAGUUGGUGGGAGCGAGAGGUGCAUGUGUGGAUUCUUCGAAAAUCAGCGAAUGAUAUCAUCAAUUCGGGGUCAGAAGGCAGCGACAUAUCUCAAAACCGAAAACUGCUAAAAACAAUUGUUGUCAAGGGGGACUCCAACAUUUCCGACGCCUCUAUUAACGAGGAUGGCACUCUCUUAGUAGUGUCGAGCUCGACUGACGUCAAAGCCUUCCAGCUCCAACACAACAAUCCCGUAAAACCUUCCGAUGUACAAUUGAGCUCUAUUGAGCUUCCCGGUAGUUUGACAAGAUUGGGUGCAUCGCAAGUUCAGCUAUCACCUGAUGGCUCUUGGGUCUGCCUUGUUCAGGAAGGCCAUCGGGUCACAGUGGCCGAGAUUCAAGCUACUGGGGGCAAAUUCAACUUCUCGUCAGACAAGAUCGGCCACUUGAGACGACUUGGUCGUCACAUCCCUCGCUACGUCCAGAACGGAGGCCUCGGAAGCUACGAUCGGACCAUCACAAACAUUGCUUUCAGCGCAGAUUCCAAGAUGCUCGCGGUGGCAGAUCUGGCAGGGUAUAUUGAUACUUGGGUUUCGCUUGACCAAGGGGAGGACUCACAAAAUGGCACGGGUGAGCCAACGGAUGACAGCGCUUCAGGAUCCGAGAGCGAGUCCGGAGAGAGCGGGGAUGAGAGCUCUAGUGACGGUCUAUCACUUCGCUGGGUACGCAAUCCAAAUGCCAGGCUUCUCCCUAAGCUUCCAUCUGCGCCGGCAGUUCUCUCCUUCUCGGAAGACGUACCCGUCACUGCUGAUGGUGUGAAGGAUGGCUCUGGCGAUUACUCACUUCUUGCUAUUACGGGGUCUUGGAACAUUCUUGUUUUCCACCCUCUCGAGGGUACCUUGACACCUUGGUCUCGACGAAACCCCCGUCGCGCACUGCCCGCUCCUGUUCUUGACCUCCUCGAUCUACCCAAGGGUGUCACGUGGCAGGGUUCUCGGGCUUGGAUCUACGGCGUGUCCUUCCUAGUAAUGCUUGAUUUAGACAAGGACUUGCCCAAGGUGGCGGAAAAUUCGGAAACUUCAGUUGUCCCCGCAGGAACAAAACGGAAGAGAGUUGGCCCAAGCACGGGCGCUGGAGGCAAAAUGUUGCAGAGCAACCUCAUACCUCACAAAAUCCUUAAGCACGUGGAUGGACAAGAGGAGGACGUCGAGAUGGAGGACGUCCAGCGUGGUGACGAGAGCAACAGUGAUGACGACGAAUUUGAUGCCGAGCUUACGCAAGUCCGCAAUGGAAACAGCGCCGGCAAUGGCGUCGGCCCAGGGAGCCUUGAUCUCGCAUCGCAAGAUGCCCAGCAAAAAGCCUGGUGGUUAACCUACAAGUAUCGGCCAAUAUUCGGCGUCGUUCCACUUGAAGGGAAUGAGAUUGCCCUGGUGGAAAGGCCCACAUGGGAUGUGGAGGCCGCUGAUAGAUAUCUGGGGAAGGACGAGUAG